AUGAUCACAACGUUGGAUAGUUGGACCGUUGCGUGUCUUGUUGUUGGUACCGCUGUACUCACACCAUUCAUCAUGGGGUUAUUCGGUGGAAACCAAUUCAAUGUCAAGGGCAGGGUACGUUCUGCGCCAAAACACACCUGCUGCCUAGGAAUAUCUAAGGCUGACGAUGCAUUCAGACAAUUCUGCUCACCGGCGCCUCGGAAGGCAUGGGAAAAGCUGUUGCAAAGCACUUGUCAGCCAAAGGAGCAAAUAUCAUAAUUAUUGCACGCAAUCUAGAACGUUUGGAAACGGCCAUUGCAGAAACCAAGGAAAGUCCCCUCCUUCAAAUCCCCCACAGAUGCUGUACUAACUGGCCUUCCUUUCCAGGCAUCUGCUGCAUCGCCCUCCACCCAACGCUUCCAUACUAUCUCUGCCGAUCUUGCCGUUCCAAAUGGUGCCCUCAAUGCCCUCACCGAAGCAAUAGCCUGGAAUGGAGGAAACAGUCCUGAUGUCGUUUGGUGUAUUGCUGGUUCGUCAUACCCGGACUUUUUCAUUGAUACACCCAUCACAAGGCUGCGCCAGCAAAUGGAUGUCAACUUCUGGGCGGCGACGGAGAUGGCACAUGGAAUCCUGAAUGAAUGGCUCAGCCCCGCCGGACUCGAGAAAUCACAGGGACAAAAGGAGCCCAAACAUCUGAUAUUUACAAGUUCUGUGGUGGCCUUCUACCCAAUUAUUGGGUAUGGUCCUUACUCCCCUGCCAAAGCAGCUAUGCGAAAUUUGAGCGAUGUUUUGUCGCAGGAAGUGCAAUUGUAUGGAGGGGGUGACAGAGUUAAGAUCCAUACUGUUUUCCCGGGAGGGAUUUCGAGUCCAGGUUUCAUCAAUGAGAACCUUACCAAACCUCAAGUCACCAAGGUUCUGGAAGAAACUGAUCCGGUGCAAACACCGGAAGUGGUGGCUGCUAAAGCCAUCAAAGGCCUGGAAAACGGCGAGUUCAUGAUUGUGGUUAGUUGGGUUGGAAUUUUGAUGAGAGCAUGUUGUUGGGGGUGGAUGCCGAAAAACAAUAUGCUGCUUGAUACUAUCGUUAGUUGGGUAUCUGGAAUCAUCGGAAUCUUCGUCGGGAUGGAUCUAGAUGGAAAAGUUCGGAAGUAUGGAAAGGAUCACGGCCAUCCUAGUACGUACCCGCCAAAAGAGAUGCCUUAG